AUGAUUGAGUAUCCAACGAUGGGGACUGUCAAUCAAGGAUUCUUGGAAAAUAUUCCGGAUGAUAUGGAUAUCAAACAAUUAGACUGGUGCGGAUUUGUUGUAGCAUGUUUGAAAUCAAGUCGUAUGAUGUGGAGAAGAUUGGACGAUAAGUGCGUUUACAGUGGUCCCAUUGUAUUUCUUCUGUUGUUUUACCUUAGUUGCACAAAAGUUGAGGAUGCCACAAUUCAAAGUCCAACUGUUGGAAUGAUGUAUUGGACAACAGACAUGUUAGAUAAGAGGGAGUUAGAAGAGUUGUCUAAAGGAGGUUUCGGAAAUGUAAUCAUAUCAUCACAACACAUGAGCAUGAACCACACUAAACAAGAAGAUGGCGAGGACGAUGACGCCGCUGGAUCUGAACGAGAUUGUAAAUCUCAUGCUGGUUUUAUCGAACAUGUACUUCAACAAACAUCACAAAGUGAAAAUGAUGCAGAUAACAACUUGAAGGAUAUUAUGAGCGAAAUUAACAUCGAAUUCAAUGCAUGCGACAAUGCAAUGCGAGCUAUACAGAAGUUGUUGAUGCAAGGUAUAAAGAAGUUUCCAGAUUCUAUCGAACUGCGCAUGUUAGUAACUAAAAGACAUCACGAUUUCAAUCUGGCAUGGCCAGAUUUUUCAACAUCUGUUGAUUCUCAUGAUGGGACAUUUUUCAAUGGAGCUGCGACACCUGUUACGCCAGUCCGAGAUAAUACAGUUGAAACUAAAGUUGAUCAGUUUACGGAAGAUCAAAUGGCAGAUGAGCCACUUAUUGAUGUUGUGUGUACACCUUUUACACAAAUUCUUAAUGCAGAUGCUUUUGACAUGAUGUUAGAAUCGGCAUUUGCCACCUCUACAAGGCUUUCAACUCCAUCAGAUCAUGUCGAACCAAAUAUCAAAAUUGAUGAUGUAAACGCGGUUCCUGUUACUAUUGUGGCACCAAGACGGACAUCAAGAUUGGUGGUUAGUCCUGUUACUAUUGUGGCACCAAGACGGACAAGAAGAUUGGUGCAACUAACCGAGAAACUUAGAUCACCUUAUUUUAAUAGGGUCGUUGAUCCAAACAAAGUUCUUAGACCAAUCGAGGAGAGAGUGUCCGGUUGGAUUUUCGCAGGGCUGGACGAGGAAUGGGAUCUUGUAUUUGAAUCAACUUUUGGAGAUAUCGGAUAUAGGGGAAUUUUGAGAGAACUACGCAGAAAUAAGAAGUCACCAGCAAGGAUGUUUUUAUCCUGCACACUUCUGAGCAACUUCAUACUGGAUGAGGCGAUUUGUAUUGAGCAGCGAUACAAAAGGUUUGUUGAUCGCAUGAAUGAGCAUAUCGAAAAAUUCAAACAAUGCACAAGCUUCAAAGAUGUGGACCUUGUAUUCUUCGCGUGCUUGACAACGAACAUUACUACCUUAUUGUCUUUAAUUUCAUAA